AUGGACGGCACCGGUCUGAUUAACAGUGACCUCUACCGAUAUCUCCAAUCCAGACCUCAUGUUACGGGGAAUGAAUUUAGAGCAAUUAUCAGUAAUUCUGUGAGACUGCAACAUUAUAGUGCCCAUGCGAGUGAGGCGGACAGUGACUACGUCUCACAUGGUGUUCGCGAACUACUAGCCGAGCAAACCACGAAUUGGUGCCCGGCUGUGGACAGCGAAAUCACCCCGGUUGUUGGGCGGCGUUUCAGCACAUUGGACGAAGGCAUCGACUUUUACACAAACUACGCACGAGUCUGCGGGUUUGAUGUGCGGCUCUACACCAUGCAACGGGCCCGCGAUGGGGAAACCGUGAUGCGUUAUUUGGUAUGUAACCGGGAAGGCAUUAAGGGUGGUGGUAUUAGCAAGCCUAUCUGUGCACACGGGGAUAGUGGAGGCAAGAGGAAGCAACGAAGAAGACAGAUAUCUAACAGGGUUAAGUGCAGAGCCUGGAUAUGCUUUAGGAAGGUGAGCAGUGGGGAGUUUGAGAUAACUGUGCGUUUGCAGCAAAACUGUGUUAGAGCGAACGUUGGUUCCUCCAAAGGUUUCAAGCUAUACAGGGAGGUCACCGGGUCAUACGCAAAUGUUGGCGCGACGGACAUCGAGUUCCACAAUUUCAAACGGGACCUCCAGGUAUAUGUUGAUGGCAAAGACGGUGAAAUGAUUAUAGAGAAGUUUAAAACAAAGCGUGCUAUGUGUGAGAACUUCUUUUUCGACUACGACCUGGACGAAGAAAACCGAGUUGCGCGACUUUUCUGGGCUAACCCCAUCGGUCGUCGCAAUUUUUCCUUAUUUGGGGACACGGUCUCAUUCGAUGCUACUUACGGUACAAAUAGGUACAACCUGGUAUUUGUUCCGUUCACCGGGGUGGACCACCACAAGCAGUGCAUUACUUUUGCUGCCGGGUUGCUCACUAAAGAGGACGUUGAAUCAUACACAUGGUUAUUACAGGGGUUUAAGACUGCAAUGAGUUCUGUCCCAUCGUGCGUGAUCACUGAUCAAGACCCGGCUAUGAAGAUUGCUAUUGCUCAGGCUUUGCCAGAUUGCCGACACCGGUUCUGUAUGUGGCACAUUAUGACAAAGGUGAACGAGAAAAUUGGGUCUGACUUGGUAAAAGAUGUGCAGUUCCGUAAUAGGCUAAACGGUAUUGUCUGGAACGAGACCAUCAGUGUAGGUGAGUUCGAAGUGCAAUGGCAUUCGUUAAUGGAAAAGUACAACCUAACAACCCACCGCUGGUUCACCAAGUUGUAUACUGAAAGGGAGUUCUGGAUCCCUGCAAAAAAAGGGCGUAAAUGCGGUGUGUGCGGGGAGUACGCCCGUCAUAACGCUCGUAGUUGUCCGUAUAAGUAA